AUGGGGGAACAUAAAGGCUCGGAACCACACGGUCUGCAUAAUGGACAUUACAAAGCGGGCGCAGCAUCAAACCUGCUUGCUUGCUGCGACACGAUCUUUCGCUCUAUCCCUUUUGCAACUGGAUUUGUCCCAGCCCAAUGGCGCCAUUUGCUCAAUUUUGCGAUUGAAAAGAAACCAGGCAAGAUUUGGGUGGACCUGAUGCGCACGAUCCAAAUGAUGAACUCUGAACUCCAAGCCAACAACAAAAGGGUGGGGAAAUCGGCCAUGGCCUAUGCCGAGAAGCACAAACUGAUCCCAUCAGGGCAACAUGGUUCUCGCAAGCGUCACCAGGCCAUUGAUCUGGCCCUUACUACUAAGCGGCUCACUUGGGACCUUCUACAUCUGCAACGCCGUCCCACCGGGUGGAUAUCCAGUGAUGCCAAGUCCUGCUUUGACCGCAUUGUCCACUGGGUGGCAAUCAUUAGCCUGAUGCGCUUUGGGAUUCAAUGGCGUACCCUUCGCUCCAUGUUUGACACCCUGAUGAAGUCUAAACACCGGGUGCGUACAGGGUUUGGUGAUUCCGACCGCGUCUUUACUCCUCCGACCCUGAUCCCAUUCCAAGGAUGUGGACAAGGCAAUGGAGCAGGACCUCCUAUCUGGGUGGCAAUUAGCUCCAUUCUCUUGGGGAUGAUGAUUAGCAAAGGCUUUGGCUUUGACUUUCUGAUGUCAAUAUCUUGGGCUCCGCUCUUGGCCGAUUGCUUUUGUUUUGUCGAUGACACUGAUGUCUGCCAAGCUGCACCAUCCCCUGACCAGUCUGGGGAAUCUAUUGUCCCAGCGGUGGCCAAAGCACUGCAAUGGUGGUCCAACGGCGUUCGCCUUACUGGUGGCGCCAUCCGACCAGAUAAAUCCUUUUGGUAUCUGAUCAACUUCAAGUGGAACUCGCAACUAGGUGUAUGGCAAUUCCGGAAGAAGCGAGAUUUUAAACCAUCUCUUCUUCCAACAGGCAUGUCGGAAAUUGCGGUUGAAUUGGAUGAUCUGGAUGGCACCUCUGUGCAUCUAAAGUGGCUCGAAGCGGAUGAAUCGGCCAAGACGUUGGGUAUUCUGAUGUCCCCCUGCUCCAACAGUAAAGCUCAACUCGUGGUUAUGCAAGGGAAGGCAAAAGCAUGGGCGGACUAG